CCCUGGCCGCGAGCAUGAGUGACCAAAUCAAGUUCAUUGUGGAGAAGCUCAAUCAGGAGCCUUUCAAGAAGAGCUACAACUUGAUUACGUUCGACUCCUUGGAGUCGAUGCAGCUGCUGCAGCUGCUCAGCGAUGUGCUGGGGGAGAUUGACCCGAAGCAUGCUGUUGACAUUAGAGAGGAAAUGCCAGAACAAACAGCUAAGAGAAUGUUGAGUCUUCUUGGUAUCCUUAAAUACAAACCUCCAGGAAGCAUAUCAGACUUGAGUGCAUUUCGCCAAGGGUUAGUUACUGGAAGCAAACCUGUAAUUCAUCCUGUCCUGCAUUGGCUUCUUCAGAGGACCAACGAACUUAAGAAAAGAGCCUAUCUGGCACGUUUCUUAGUAAAACUGGAAGUGCCAGCUGAGUUCCUACAGGAUGAUGCUGUGGCUGAAACCAACAAACAGUAUGAAGAACUUAUGGAAGCAUUCAAAAACCUACAUAAGGAAUGUGAGCAGCUCAAAACAUCUGGUUUCUCUACUGCAGAAAUAAGAAGGGAUAUCAGUGCAAUGGAAGAGGAGAAAGACCAACUCAUCAAAAGAGUGGAGCGUCUUAAGAAGAGGGUGGAGACAGUACAAAAUCAUCAACGAAUGCUUGAAAUAGCAAGACAGCUUCGCUUAGAGAAAGAGAGAGAAGAAUCUUUGGCUCAACAGAAACAAGAACAAAAAAAUCAGUUGUUCCAUGCAGAGCAGAGACUGCAAAGAGUGCAGCUCCAGCUGAAAGAGAUGCAUCAUGCAGUAGUGGAUGCAAAACCUGAAAGCUUAAUGAAGAAGCUGGAAGAGGAGAUAAAAUUCAAUUCAUAUCUGGCUACUGAAAAAGUACCUAGAGAGCUCGAAAGUAAGAAGAAAUCAUUGUAUUUCUUACAAAAGGUGGUUGCAGAGCCAGCUAUGAGCCAGUCUGAUCUCAAUGUGCUUGAAAUCAAGAUAAAUGAAGUAAAUGCACAAAUUAAUCAGCUUAUUGAGAAGAGAAUGAUGAAGUAUGAGCCAAUUGAUAGUAAAUUUUCCAUGUAUCGUCAACAGGCAUCUAUAAUUUCCCGGAAAAAGGAAGCCAAGGCAGAAGAACUUCAGGCUGCUAAGGAAGAGAUGUCCAACACUGAGAAGCAGAUGCAGCAGAAGACAAAUCAGGCCCGGGAAUUAGAGGGCUCCGAAGUUUUGAAAGGGGAUGAGUUCAAGCACUAUGUUAAUAAGCUCCGGAGCAAAAAUACGUAUUAUAAAAAGAAGCGGCUAGAACUGGCAGAAAUUACAGCUGAGUAUGGUAUCCUCCAGAGGACAGAAGAGCUGCUCAAACAGCGCCAUGAGGCUCUUCAGCAGCAGUUGCAAGCUAUGGAAGAAAAGAAAGGUAUUAGUGGAUAUAGCAACACCCAGGAGGAGCUGGAAAGAGUAUCUGCAGUAAAAAGUGAAAUGGAUGAAAUGAAAGGCCGAACACUAGAUAACAUGUCUGAAAUGGUAAAAAAACUGAAUGCUAUGGUGGCAGAUAAGAAGUCCAGUCUAGCUCCUGUUAUCAAAGAACUGCGGCAGUUGCGUCAGAAGUGCCAGGAAUUAACUCAAGAAUGUGAUGAAAAAAAAGUCCAGUACGACAGUUGUGCAGCGGGGUUAGAAAGCAAUCGCUCUACACUGGAACAGGAAGUGAAAGGACUUCUUGAGGAGUGUAUUCAGGAGGAAAGCAACUACCGAUACAUUAACUGCAUGAAGAGGAAUAUAGAAGUACAGCUACAGCGUGCUAAAGAAGAAAUGAAAACAUACGUUUCCCCAGAUCCACAGGAGAGACGAAAAGCAAUUCGAGAACAGUAUACGCGAAUGAUCCUUGAGCAAGAAAACCUUGGGAAGAAAUUACGAGAGAAGCAGAAAGUUGUACGAGAAAGUCACGGGCCAAAUAUGAAGCAAGUUAAAAUGUGGCAGGAUUUUGAGCAGUUAAUGGAAUGUAAGAGUGAAUGUUUUCUAAAACAACAAAAUCAAACAGCCAUUGGUCAAGUCAUUCAGGAAGGAGGAAAAGAUAGGCUUGUGCUAUGAAUUCUUCUGUCUUUAUACCAACAUAAAGCAGGAAAACAGUGUGUUGGUUUCUUUAAGGUAAUCUUAGAUUAAAUAUUGUUGCUAUCAUUAUUUCUGUAUAAAUUUUUUGCAAGUUAUUUGGUUUUAGUCCAUAAACAGAGUGAAACUAACCACCGUACGGAG